AUGGACUGGGUUCGACAACGAUGGAGGUUAUCCGAAGGAGACCUGGAUAACUUUGAAUACGCCAACCGAAAAUGCAAGGUUAUACGAUUAGGUUAUGAUGACCAGCACUGGGAUCUAUCGUCAGAUUCUGAAUGGCAGGAUUGGUUCGGAAAGGAGAAACUUAUAUCUGAGAGUUCUCGCAACUUUACUACGUCCGUGAUCCGAAAAGAAAGCGAUUGCGAAAUAAGCUAUUUGCCCUUCUCUAGACCGGUCUUCGAACAUGUCCUAAGCCGAUUCUAUAUUCACGACUCGAUAGCCAGAACAAUUUUUCGCAAUUAUGCGGCGACAUUCUCACGGACGUAUCUUCCUAUUGCGAAUUCGUCGGAGACCGCGAUAGUAUACAACUGUCGCUCAUCGGCUCACUGGGAAGAUGACCUAGCGCUAUCCAUGACAUACUUUCCCAAUACAGGCCGCACCUAUGCGGUCUUCUAUGGUUGCAAUGCUCAUUCUACAGGAAAAACGAUCAUGGAAAGGAUUUCUAAUCGAUUUAUUAAAAGCUCAGAAGACACAUUUUGCCAUCCAAUGCUUUCAGUUGGCAUAUUUGCUGAGAUCGAGAGAUUUCGAAUGCGCGAGCUUGUUUUAUCCAGGAAGACAGCCCUGCAAGAUACUAUCGAUGGACUCCAAGCUCAUGGUUAUAGAACACUUACGAAUGCAAAGUCUUAUGUUGACCCUUGGCUGAACAUAUACGCAAUCAGGAAUGGCCUUCAAAGCUGGAUCGGAGUUCUAGCUAGUAUGAUUACCCACGUAGACGAAUUGGGUCGAGCGUAUGAUCAGAUCAACGACGAAAGCAACUUCUACAACACAGGCCGACGAAUCAAAGAUCGUCUGACUGAGAUUCAUUCCGAGUACUUGGAUUUAAUAAGGGAUUGUAACAUGAUUAUCGAUGGAAUGACUCUGGCUACAAAUAUGGCGCUUGCAAGAGACAACAUGAGCGAAAGCAAGCAAAUGAAAUCAAUUGCUGUAGUAACCAUGGUCUUUCUCCCUGCUACCUUCGUCGCAACAUUGUUCUCCAUGACGUUUUUUGAUCUCGAUUCAAGUCAUAUCUGGCCAUACCCCUGUGUCGCAAUCCCCCUGACGAUUGUGGUUGUUGGUAUAUACAUUUUCGUAGUACUUCGGCCGCAGUGGAAGCAAGCGACAAAGGUUUCGGGUUUCGGUACUGAAUAUAACGAAAAGGGGCAAAAGGGUAGAUAA